AUGACGGUGCGGAGAGGAAAGAAGCUCAGCAUCUCCAUCCAGGAACACAUGGCCAUUGACGUCUGCCCCGGCCCCAUCAGACCCAUCCGACAGAUCUCCGCCUACUUCCCCCGCCUGUCCCCGACCUCCCCCAUCCCCAUCUCCCCAACCCCCGCCAUCUCCCCGCCGUCCCUCAGCCCCCGCUCCGCAGCUUCUGGCACAGGUGGGACUCACCUGCUGUCGCCUCUGCUGCCUCACUGCCGGGCGGGCGGGGGCGGGUUGCUGUCGCUGACCAGCAGCAUAGACACGUCGGUGGAGAUCAACAGCUCGGACAGUGACGACUGCACUGCUCUGGGAACGCUGGAGUUUGAGUUGAGAUAUGAGCGGAGCUCCAGUGAGCUGCACUGCACUGUGCUGCGGGCAAAGUUUUCUUCCCCUUUUGUCAGAUAUCUGAAACCAGACAUACAGAAGAAAUCCAAGCACAAAACAACGGUGAUGAAAAAGACCCUCAACCCCGAAUUCAACGAGGAGUUUUUCUAUGAGAUCCCUCUGGCGGAGCUGGCCAACAAGACGCUGGAGGUGACGGUGUGGGACUACGACCUGGGACGCUCCAAUGAUUUCAUAGGUGGCGUUUCUCUGAGCUGUCACUCGCAGGGCGACGCUCUCCGUCACUGGAUGGACUGUCUGAAGAACAAGGGCCGCAGGGUGGAGCGGUGGCACAUCCUGACCAAUGAGCUGCCUCAGACCCUCAGCCACGACUAA